AUGAUAAGACAUGGAAAACAGAAAGAAUCCGAUUUUAAUCCAUCACCUCCUAAGUCUGACAGUGAAAACAGUGGAAAAACCAACACAUCACCGCCUAAAUAUGACAGUGGAACUAGCGGAAAAGCCAUCUCAUCCCCACCUAAAUCUGAUGGUAGAAAAACCAUCAUCCCAUCUCCGCCUAAAUCUGAUGGUGCUAAAUCUGAUGGUAGAAAAACCAUCCCAUCCCCACCUAAAUCUAAAGGUGGAAAAACCAUCAUCCCAUCCCCGCCUAAAUUUGAUGGUGCUAAAUCUGAUGGUGGAAAAACCAUCCCAUCCCCACCUAAAUCAGACAGUGGAAAAACCAUCAUCCCAUCCUCGUCUAAAUCUGAUGGUGGAAAAUCCGUCCCAUCCCCACCUAAACCUGACGGUGGAAAAUCCAUCAUCCCAUCCUUGCCUAAAUCUGCUAAAUCUAAUGGUGAAAAACCAUCUCAUCCCCACAUAAUUCUGAUGGUGCUAAAUUUGAUGGUGGAAAAACUAUUCCACCGCCACCUAAAUUUGAUGAAAGAAUUUAAUUUUAAUCCAUCACCUCCUAAGUCUGACAGUGAAACCAGUGGAAAAGCCAACACAUCACCACCUAAAUAUGACAUUGGAACUAGCGAAAAAGCCAUCUCAUCCCCACCUAAACCUGACGGUGGAAAAACCAUCAUCCCAUCCCCGCCUAAAUCUGAUGGUAGAAAAACCAUCCCAUCCCCACCUAAAUCUAAAGGUGGAAAAACCAUCAUCCUAUCCCUGCCUAAAUCUGAUGGUCUCAUCCCAUCCCAGCCUAAAUCUGAUGGUCUCAUCUCAUCCCCGCCUAAAUUUGAUGGUGCUAAAUCUGAUGGUGGAAAAACCAUCCCAUCCCUACCUAAAUCUGACAGUGGAAAAACCAUCAUCCCAUCUCCGCCUAAAUCUGAUGGUGCUAAAUCUGAUGGUGGAAAAUCGUCCCAUCCCCACCUAAACCUGACGGUGGAAAAUCCAUCAUCCCAUCCCUGCCUAAAUCUGAUGGUGCUAAAUCUAAUGGUGAAAAACCAUCUCAUCCCCACCUAA